UUUACCUGUCCUACUUUCCUUUUUGGGUUGUCCCAAAAUAAGUGUCUUCUUUCCUUUUUUGGAAAGAAAUAUGUGGUCUACACCAUUUCACUUUAUUAUACUCAAAUCUCAACCACAACUUUUACUUUUUCAACCACUUCAUUAAUAACCGUGCCGAGUCAAACUAAGACACAUAAAAUGGGACAGAGGUAGUAUAUAUUAGUCCGGAAGGCAAACCACCCACCGGUGGGGUAAAUGCCGGGCAGCAUAUUUACCAAGUUUUAUUAAAAUUGAGAAAAGUACAAUGCGAGAGGGGGACCAGACCAAAAUCUCUCCGGUAGAAGCAUUCCUCCAAGAAAUACAUCAAGAAAGAAAAUAAAACAAUAUUGGGUGGGACCAAACCUAACCCAAUAAUACAUUCAGUAUAUACAUCUAAAAGAAGGAAGGGUAAUUCUAUACACAGCCACACAAUUACUAAUCACAGCCACAAAUUAAAAAUAAAUAAAUAAAUAUUCUUUAGUUGUCUAUUUUACCCCUACGGUCUAUACGCAAUUACGCACAACUCAAUAUUUCUCUCCUAGCAAAUGGGAAAAUAACUGCACAAGGAUAAUACGAAGUACAGUGUAAUUCGCCCAAUUCCCAAUCCAGGGAUUUGUCAAUAACUCAAGAGAUUUUCUGAGGUAAUCGACAACAACAGAAAUGGCACCGGCAAUGGGACACACAACUCUUUAAUUCAUCGGCUCUCUAUACGCACAACCCCUUCAUCUUUGAGAAGAUUUCUCCCCUAUAUUUGUGUUCGCACUUCGCAGCAGGACGACGCAGCACGACAAUGGUUCCACAAACCCCAAUAACCAAAUCGGCGGCUGCAACCCAAACUGGUGGGUUAGCUCGGCGACAAAGCUCCUGUGCUGACAAUGUAAGUCAGCGACAGUGCUUUGGAUGGCGAGAGUCCUCCAGGCCAACGAAAAUCAGCAGGUUAGCACUCAGCACAAGCAGCCUCUCUCAGACUGGGCACUUUAGUCGACAUGGAUGGUCGGACGGUGCUUUGCCUAUCCCAACUCGGAUGGAAGAAACUCCUAGGACGAACGGGCUGUGUGUAGAGACGGAUGAAUUAAUCGGGGGGGUAAAAUAGAUACUUAAAAAAUAUUAAUUAAUUUAAUUUUAAUUUGUGGCUGUGUCUAGCAAUUGUGGGGCUGUGUAUAGAAUUACCCAAGAAGGAAUUCUAAACAAAUCCAUAAAAUAGGCCUGACGGGCCAUGCUAGGCAGAUGCUUAGGCCUUGAGAAGUAUAGAAGUUGGGCCGAUGCACUGCUUGCCAGGUGAUGGGCUACGGUAUUGCACUCUCUCCAGGUAUGUCCCAACAAAGGACAUGUUUCCUUUUUCUUAUCUCUAACAUUUCCUGAAUUAUACCUCUCCAUCUUCCUUCAGCCGAUUGUUCGAAGUAUCUAAGCGCCUGAGUUGCGUCUGUCUCCACCGCCCAACGAGUAGCAACGACCAUUGUCAAGAUCUCUGCUUCAAGACUGGACGAAGCAUCAAGUGGAAAGGAUAUGGCCCCUACGAGCUCACCAUCCCCAUUCCUCAGAACCGCUCCUCCUCCUGCUCUGUCAGGAAGGCCAGUGGACUCCAUUCCCAAGAUUCUCUGGAUGCUCCUUAAUCUAGAUCUUGCUGAUUGGCCAUAAAUGAAUGAGCUUUUUUGCAAGUUAACAACUUGGCCAGAAGCAGACUGGUAAGCUUUAACAAAGGACACUUUCAAGUUCAAUUUGCUCUUCCACAGAAUAAAGGUUUGAGAAAAAAGAGACAGCAGCUUCUCCCAUUUCUGUUAAAGAAUUAACCAUGUUCCCAUCACUAUCUUGGAUAGAGGCUGACAUGUUACAGGUAGAGAGCUGACCACUGGUUGACCAUUGGCUGACAAUGCUGCAUCCCUAUCCAUGCCAGAUGCCUCAGUCUGCAUUACGGCCUGACUGUGUUGCUGAACCUCCUGUCCCACUGAUUGGUUUGCCACAGAAUGAUGUUGGGACUCCUUCCCCUCACUCACACCUACAGAGAUUUCUUGUGAAGCUAUUUUUUUUGCCAUAACAUCCACUUUGGCUCCGAUUUCAUCCCAACCAUCUUUCCAAUUCUGGAUUGGCUGUAGUUUCCUUGUGAUUUUCUCAUCAGACAAAGUCUUCUUGGACUCCAACUCAGAGUCAUAAUCUAAUAAUUUGUUCAACAUAUGUACCUGAAAGUCAUCCUGAAUCAAUUUUGUCAUAGUGGCAUUAGGCUUUCCCACCCCUGGAAUAUCCAACUGUAACAUGGUUUGCAAUUCUUUGUCAUCUGCAGGAUUAUAUUUGGCAGGGGUCUCAGGAGUCAAAGAAGCGUCACUCCCAAGGAUUUCAAUAGCUCCUGAAUUGGAAGUAGAUUGAAAAUCAUUGAUAGGCUCAUGUUCUGUAAUAAUCCCUUUUGCUUUCUCUUAGUUAAAAAUUUAACUUGUUUAGGUUGGUCACCCUUAAUUUUUGGCAUCCAUUGCUGCUUAGGCAAAGUCAAUGUUUUGACUUCCUCAUUAUUUAGUUUCGGACAUUUAGAUUGCAAAUGCCCCAAGUGCAAACAAUGUGAGCAAUAAUCUGGCCGUUCCUCAUAUAUUAUAUUCUGUAUGAAACCAU